UUAUAAUAAUGAAACUAGAGACAUCUAUUGAUGAAUAGCUACACUUAAAAUUACACAAAGUGCUUUGACCAAACGUCAAAUUGUCACACAUGUUAUAAAAAAAGUAAAUAAAUUUUUUUCCAAUCAUUUUACGUCUAUAAAAUAUGAGUAACGUGACGAAACGGAAAUACACGUAAUCGGCUUGCGUUCGUGUAAACCAGACGGUUUACAUUGUUAACAUAUCAAGCCUCUAAAAUCCCAAAUGCCAAUAAGUUGAUAAAUAUGAAAAAUGUGGUUAAAAAUGUGAUAAAAGCAACACAGAAUGCUUACUACUGAUUUCAUAAACAGUUGUUAAAGUACCAUGCGAUUGAAGAGGUCUUCGCUGAUUGUUGCAAUAUGCUUGGUGAUAUGGGGCACGCUGACAUAUUACGCAUUAAUACGCAGGCUAGAGGAGCCCUCGGCUGUUUUGGAACUUGAAAUUGGUAGAUUAGAGGCUGGAAUUAACGAGCAAAUGGCACAAAAUAAGGAGAUGAUCGGAAAAGUGCAGGGUAUUUUAAGUAGAAAGAAAAUUGGGGAGAGUGAGCGGCAAAACAGUUUAAAAAAUGUUGUUAUACCAGUUUUGGUGUUUGCUUGUAAUCGAGUUUCAGUGUCAAGAUGUUUGGAUAAAUUGAUACAGUACAGACCAAAUCCUGAUCAAUUUCCAAUUAUCGUUAGUCAGGAUUGUAAUCAUGCUCCAACAUCAGAUAUAAUUGAAAGUUAUGGAUCUCAAGUAACAUUAAUAAAACAGCCAGAUCAGUCGGAAAUUCCAGUAAAACCGGCCGAAAAGAAAUUUAAGGGUUACUUCAAAAUUGCUAGGCAUUACGGGUGGGCUUUAAAUCAAACGUUCUUUAAUUUUAAUUUCGAUGUAGCUAUAAUCGUGGAAGAUGAUUUGGAAGUAUCUCCAGAUUUUUUUGAAUAUUUCAUGGCAACGUAUCCGUUACUACUUCAAGACGAUUCGUUAUGGUGCAUUUCCGCGUGGAACGAUAAUGGAAAAGAUGGUUUGGUUAAUUCGGGUCAACCGGAGUUAUUGUAUCGCACCGACUUUUUUCCUGGCUUAGGUUGGAUGCUCACAAAAAGCGUUUGGAUGGAAUUAUCAACAAAAUGGCCAAAAGCGUAUUGGGAUGAUUGGAUUCGUCAACCUAUUCAACGUAAAGACCGAGCGUGUAUUCGACCGGAAAUUUCCCGGACAAAAACGUUCGGGAAAAUCGGCGUUUCAAACGGGAUGUAUUUCGAUAAACAUUUAAAAUUCAUAAAACUAAAUGAUAAGUUUGUGCCUUUUACCAAAAUGGAUUUAAGUUACUUAUUAAAGGAGACUUAUGAUAAAGAUUUUUUACGGACGGUGAAUCAAAGUCCAGUUGAGACGUUUGAAAAUUUAAAAUUGGGCGAUAUCGAUCGUGAUGGCCCUGUUAGAAUUGUUUAUCAUACUAAGGAUGGUUUUAAAAGUAAUGCUAAGGGAAUGGGAUUAAUGGAUGAUUUUAGGGCUGGUGUACCUCGCAUGGCAUAUCGUGGUGUGGUAACAUUUUAUUAUAAAAAACGAACAGUAUUCCUCGCACCAGGCUGGAACUGGAAAGGGUACGAUUUGUCGUGGACUUGAUGACUCUUAAAUGAGUCUCGCCAAAUUUAGCUAAAUCAAUUUUUUAAUUAAAUAAAUUAUACGUCAAUUUCCCGGCCGUUUAAGUUAUUAAUUUACAUAUAUUUUUAAUUCAGUGUGAUAUACUUAAGGUUUCAGUUGUGAUAAGCUCGUCUCCAAACCGAUUUUAUUUCCUUAUGGAAAUCGUUUUUUUUUCUUUAAAUACUAAUUGUUUAAUGUGAUUGUGUCGUGAUUUGCAUUCGUGGGUGUCUUCCAAGAAAGAAAAAACCGUUUACUCUGUAAAGAUUUAAAAUGCAAUUGUUCUCGCUUAAUAAUUUAAGUUGCACUUUAUUGCCUUUAAUCAUUUUUUUAAGUUUUAAUUUUACAAAGAUAUGUACAAAGUGGUAAGUCUAAAAAAUUAAGAUUUGUAUAUUAUGAUAAUAAAUAUAGCAUAAUAUAUA